CGGGACUUUAAAAUAACGAUGAACAUAAAUAAGCACUUAUUAUUCGUUAAUCUUGUAUAUAUAAUCUGAUGCUAGUAGCUAUAAAUUGAGAUUGUUUACAGCAAACGUAUAAUACGGGUUGUCUUCUCAUAAUUUCAACUUAAUAACUAACGAUGUAUUUGAAAAUGGUUUAGUAAUCACUUUUCUGUAACGCAUUUAUUAGCAUUCUUAAUUAAAUAUGUUUAAAUUGUACAGAACAAAUUAAUUGUAACAUUAAUUCUUUGUAUAUUUUUUCAAGUAUAACAAAAUUUCAAGAAUUUCGACUAUUAUUUGAAUAUUUCUCGUUGAUAUUUUCCUGUAAUUACAAAAUCGUUUCUUCUUAAGUGAUCUUGUAACCCCAACUUUAGUCUAGUAACACUGAAUACAAGAUGAGCUGUUUCAAGAUUUUCAUGCAAACCUAUGUGGUUUAAGAUAAAAAUAAAAAAAAUGGUUUGACAAGGUUUUAAAUGUCAAAUUUGGAGUUUUACUUUGUAAUGAGUUGUAUUCUUAUACAAACAUAUUUUACAUUAAUAUUUUGAUUUUUCUUAUUAUUUUUAUAAUAAUUUACCGGAAACCGCUUACACUGAUCACUGCGAAAUGAGUAAAAAUAUGGAUAUUAUUGGAAAAGCAAGUGAUUUUGAGAUAAAACGCAGUACUGGAAAGAAGAAAUCUGAAGAGGACUGCAAAUGUAUCAAAGUGAUCGGCCAUUUAGAGAGUGUGCAAUGGCAGUUGACUCCAAGAGAUUAUCGGCCGAGUCCUGGACCUCUAAGAAUAGGCGACUGGUCGGAGAACCCUUACAUUUGGCUUCAUUAUGUUGAAAGCUCAGAUGGUAUAUUAGCUCCAGAUGACGUGCUAUUGCACCGUGAUUCUCGAUACUACGAUAUAAAUGAAGUGCAGCGAUACUUUAUGGCCAAUGAACACUGUGAGCAAGUCCUCUUCACAUACCAGUAUCCGUAUACAAAAAUGCCGACACCGUUCGGCAAUUACUUGUGGAGGGUCACCACCGCAUACAAGUUGCAUUCCCAUCAGCAUCGACGCCAAAUACAAAGUGCACUGGAAAUAACUUUGAAGAAAAUACUGGUAGCUCAGCUUCAAAUGACUCGGAUUAUCAUUCCUGAUCGUCUUCUUAAGGUCGACCGUCUCGAUUGCUUCAGAAGAAAGACAUUUUUCAGUUUAGUUUACAGGAUAAUCAGUUUUCAGGACCGUUUGCAAUUAGUAUCGUUUGAAAACCUUGGUUGCAAGAGGCUGGAGGGAGUUUCACUUAUCCAAACAUUAGCAUGUUUUAACGCAGAAACGGUCAAAUAUCUGUUCCUGUGGAGAUUUGUAUUACCCAACGAAAAUCCAAUCCUAAUUAAUUAUUCCUACAUAACGGGAAGUGGCCAGUAUAUUCCCAGACCAGAUUCUAAAAAUACUUUUAUUCGGAGUCUUGGAGAAUUGAGGAACUUGCGGUUACUUGCUAUAGAGUACACAUACAUAGCUGACGGCACGGGAGUGGCCUUGUUAUCUUUACUGCAUAUUUUGAAAAGGCCUCACUUCCGAUUGCAGUUGAUGUGCCGUGAAUACCAGAUUCCGGGACGAGCGGACCCCGCUCUUGGAGUUGGAGGUUACGACAUACCUGACACGGCAUGGCGCAGAGUCACUACGUCCUGUCCUGACCUAUAUUUACUCAUGGCGUUCUUUCGAUCACGAAACUAUGACGACAUUCGGCGAUUUCUGACACCAAGUAUGCCUCUUCGUGAAAUUCAUCUACAAUUUGGGAUUGAUCUGAGAGACCAGCAGCGACAGGACUCGGAUCUCAGCUGUUUCAUACGUUACCUGUCAUACCGUUACGUUGACACGUUAGUAACAUUGAGUAUCCACCAGUGGAGGUUUGUAACAUUUCCUCUGCGUCGUAUGCUUGAGCUUGUGCCGCGAUUAGUGCGGUUUUAUUACGUCGGCAGGGUCAAAGACGAGGAGGAUCUGAGAAGUCUAUUUUCAUUCAUAGCCUGUGGUGUUUGUGACAGAUUACAACAAGUGAAAAUUCAAGUUGAAGAUGACGAGGAGACACGAGUCUACUGGAAGAAGGCUAUAGCAACGUUGACUGAAGAAUUUAAAGAUAUUUUCAAAUUGUUUAACAUCAAAUUUAAUCUUGUCAUCUACGAACACUGAUUAUGUAACGUAAGGUUAGGUUCUGGAUAAAUAAGCAACCAUUUUAAUUUA